CUCGCGAGGGCGUGGCUUCCUCGGCGCGGAGGAAGGGGAGCCGGCGGGGCCAAAAAGGCGUCGUCGGCAGCUGACGGGGGGCUUAGCGGCUAUGGCCCCCUCCGGGCUUCCGUCGCCGCGAUGACGGCCCCGCCUCUUUCCUCGGAGGGGGGCGUGGCCUUCUCCUCCUUUCUCAUCUUCUUCUCCGUCUCCAUCAUGGCGGCAUCUUCAGCUUCUGCUGCUUCUUCUCCUCAAGCGGCGGCCUCCUCUUCCGCUCAGGCCUUCGUGGAGGUGGUCCUCUUCGAGCCGGGACCCGGCGGGGAGUACUCCACCUACACCGCAGGACUCCAGGGCCGCUUCGCCCGCGCCGGGGCCACGCUCAGCGCCGAGGGCGAGAUCGUGCAGAUGCACCCGCUGGGGCUGUGCAAUGGGAACGAGGAGGAGGAACUGUACGACUACGGCUGGGUCGGGGUCGUCAAGCUGGAGCAGCCCCACCUCGAGCCCAAGCCCUGCCUCUCUGUCCUUGGGAAGGCCAAGCGUGCAGUGCAGCGGGGGGCCACGGCAGUCAUCUUCGACGUCUCUGAGAACCCAGAAGCCAUUGACCAGCUGAAUGACGGGCUGGAGGACCCACUGAAGCGACCGGUGGUGUACGUCAAGGGGGCUGACGCCGCACGGCUCAUGAACAUUGUUAAUAAGCAGAAGGUGGCUCGGGCCCGCAUCCAGCACCGAAGCCCCCCGCCGACAGAAUACUUCGACAUGGGCCUCUUCCUGGCCUUCUUCCUGGUCGUCUCCCUCGUCUGCCUUGUCCUCCUCGUCAAGAUCAAGCUCAAACAGAGGCGGAGCCAGAACUCCAUGAACCGCCUUGCAGUGCAGGCCUUGGAGAAGAUGGAGACCCACAAGUUCAAGGCCAAGGGGAAGGCAGCCGCAUCCACCAACAAUGAAGGCUCCAGCGGCCAUAUUGGAAGUGGAGGAGGAGAGGCCCUCAGCAGCAGCGCCACUUCUGACUGUGCCAUCUGCCUGGAGAAGUACCUGGAUGGAGAGGAGCUGCGCGUGAUCCCGUGUGCGCACCGCUUCCAUCGGAAGUGCGUGGACCCCUGGCUCCUGCAGCACCACACCUGCCCACACUGCCGCCACAACAUCAUCGAGCCGAAGAAGGGCUCGGCGGGCGCUCCCUGUGAGGAUCCUUCUCUCCUCCACCAUGCUCCUCCUCCUGCCCAUCAUCAUCAUCACCCACUUCCUCUCCCUCCACUUCCUGUCCGUGGACAACAACGGCAUCAUCACCAUCCAGCUCCUCCCGCCACUGCUCCUUCCGGGAUGCUGCUGCACUUGCCCCACUUUCCAAUGCAGACGACCAUGGACCCCCAAGGGGGGGCCCCCGUCACCUUCCUUCAUUUCGCACAACAACAACAACAACAACAGUAUCCCCUCCCCUUCAGGAGGCAGGACAAUAUGGCCGCCUUCCCUUCCUCCUCGGCCUCGCCCACUUCCUGCUUCUCCCAGUACGAGGCCCUUUUCCAGCACUACUACUUCCAGCAGCAGCCUUAUUUCGCCUUCGUGCCCCGCUUCGACCCUACUUCUUGUUUCCGAGGCUACUUCCCGGAAGCAUCAGUGGGACCUGGAAGUGAUACAUCAGAAGCCAGCAACCGGGGUGUCUUCGGGAGCAGCUCCACCUUCCGCAGCUCCCUCAGCAGCGAUUACGACCCUUUCGUCUACCGCAGCCAGGAAGCCCCACCCCCUACUUCCUCUUCCGGAGACCAUCUUUCCCAUUGCAGCCUGGAAAUGAACUACAGCAGCUCCUCCUCUUCCUCUUUGGAGUGGACACCGCUUCCUCCUCCGUCGUGUGGAUGUCCCACAACAAUGGCCGCCCUCUACGGCUUCUAUGAGGAAGAGGAAGUAGGAAGCACUUCCUCUUCUUCUCACGUACACCGGCCCUUUAAGAGGGACUGUGGCCCCCGAGGAAGGGGGGCAGGAAAGGGCCCCUGGGCCCCGAGAGACUACUUCCUUCAGCACCACCAGCGGAAGAGGAGGAGGAAGCAGGAAGAGGAAGUGGAGGAGGAAGAAGCAGAAGUCAAUGGCAGGAGGAACUUCCCAGAAGCCGGAAGAGGAGGAGGAAGCAGCAGCAAAGGGGCAGGUCUCUCCUCUCAGUCGGGAGAGUAGGCCUCGAUGGGGAGCUGCUUCCUGUUGCGGUGGUGAUGGAUGACCCCAGAGUUUGACCCUUCCGCCAAAAUGGCUGACGCCCUCGAUAACAUUUUCAGCACCUUGACACGGAGUCCAAAGGGGCGGGGCCUGAAUAUUUAAAAGGGGGCGGGGCUUCAGUACAAGAAGAGAGCGAGAUAAGUGCCUUGUCGCUGGGCCUCUUAAAGAGGGCGGGACUACACUUCCCAGAAGCCUCUGCUGCAGAACCCAAUGAGGAGGCAUGCUGGGAAACAGUCUUUUAACAGCAACUACUCCUAGCCAGGUUUUGAGGCCUAGUCUGUUUUUUCCCCCUUCUCCUCAAAAGAAAGAUGUUUCCUAUGGAAACAAAACAAACCCCCCCAAAAUUAAAAAUAAAUAUUAUAAAUAAAAAUAACAAAAAGGCCUUUUAUCGAUGAGAUUGCAAGGCACUAUUUUUAAUUGAAAAUAGUUUUUUUAAUUCUUAUUAGCACUUAAUUACAUUAUUAUUAUUAUUAUUAUUAUUAUUAAAUGUUUCUUAUGGCUAGGAGACAACAACCAACCCACCCCUUUUGUUGUUGUUAUUUUUAAAAUAAUGUGUACAUUUAUUUGUAUAUUAUUAUUAUUAUUAAUAAUGGGGCACAUUUCAUUUAUGAUGAUAAUGGGGAUUUUAAAAAAAGAAAAAGAAAGAUGUUCUGGGAAAAUAUAUAUAUUUAUUUACUAAUAUAUUUAUCUUUUUAAGCAAUUUUUCCUCUUUUUUGAGUGUGUUUUGUUUUUAAUGUCUGGAAUAAAAUAAAUAAUAAUAAUAAAAUAAUAAUAUUUGAAAGAAUUA